UCGGUUAAGUCUCGGUGGCUUGUUAAAUUUCCGGAGGUUUUGUAAUCGAUUGCGAUUUUAUAAAAUUUAUGUUCUAAUCAUGCCGCGGCACAAUGUUUGCGGCGAGGUCGUCGGGUGCAAAGCGGAGAAACUGGUCUUGGAAUCGGAAUCCAGUCACGAGGAAUUCUUGAUCAAACGGGGACACCGUGAUCGAAGCAUCGAAAAAUUCGAGUAAAUGUUGAUAAACUGGUUCCCAACGAGGAAACGAAAAUUUUUUUCUCCAGAUCUCAGGAAAUGCAAGGGCACGAGUGAAUCAACGAAAAGGGGGAGAAGAGAAAAGAUUAGCAAGCGGAGUCUUAAGAUGCCGCAGGUGCCCGAGAAGAUCGUCGAUCUAGUGGACAUCUUGCUGCACGAGAACUUCCUGAACGUGGUCGAUCAAUACUUCAAGCCAAGCAUGAAUAAUCAAUUGCAGGCGAAAUCACGGGAGAAGAAGUCGAACACCAGAAAGUCUCCUUUGAAGACGGCGGUUUCGAUUCGGAACAAUGUCUCAAGUUCGCCGAAGUGUAAUUUGUCCCAAACGGAAUUGCAAAUACCUGAAUAAACGUAAUUAUAAGUCCAACGGUA